AUGAAAGAGGAGGGACACGGCCAAAACCUAAGGGCCACAUUGAGCCAACAGUCCGCAGCUCUACAAAAGCUCCAAAUUAAGAUUGCUCAACUGGAGAAAAGAAAUCAGGCACAAGGCCAACGACCCCAGCAAGGAAAAACAAGAUGUGGAGAUGUACCAGGGGCUGUAUAUGUCGAGCCCAAGCCACCAGAUCCUUCAAGGAUCAAUCAAACUCCAACUUCUAAAACCCACAACAAUCAUGUUGUUAAUUCUCGGUUUGAUUAUAACUCUUUUGCUGAUAAAAUUGAACUCUUUAAAUUUUCAGGAAAAAGAGGUUAUCUUAGAUGGGAGAGGAACCUUGAUGAAUGGUUUCACUUCAACAACAUCCUGAGGAAAGAAAGGCUAGCUUAUGCUAUUGAUCAACUUAGAGAAGAAGCCUUUAAAUGGUGGGUACAAGAAGAAGAUGAUAGGUGGUUUUACAAUGAGCCAACUAUCAAAACGUGGAGAGAUCUUAAGGAAGUCAUGAGGGAUAGAUUUGCACCAGAUUUUACAAGUUCUGAAAUCCAAGAACUAUAUCCAAGGAGGUAUCCAAUUCAUGGUUCCAAAGAAGCAAGAAGAUUAGUGGCACAAGAGGGUCAAAGAGUCUUGUCUCAACAAGAUAACUUUCAGCCAAACCAGGGGCAUGCCAUUGUCCAUUGCUUAGAACAGAAGAGUGACAUCCCAAAGUUCAGGAAUAUGAGUACAAGUGUCGGCCAAAACACUUUGAUCAGGUCCAAAGACAAACCAGAGCAAGCUAUUGUCUAA